AUGUUUGGCAAGUUUCGCUCAAGUCCGAAUAUACUGAUGAGAAUACUUUUGCCGAACUUGCUUGGGGCUCUUUUGACGUCCGCGAUUGUUAUCUCCGGCAAGUUUAAACAUGCUGCGCUUUUUUACUAGCUCUCCAAGUGAUUACUGAUCUUCUAAAAGCACAUGGUGUACAUUGGGCAGGUUUCGUCCAGUAACGGCUUCAAAAAAAUGAGAAAGACACUUCUCUGACUACGAUUAUCGAAACUAAAAUUCAAUUUCAUCUUUUGUUUUUUCUUUCAGCAUGUCCAUUCAUGUUUCCAACCGAUAUACUGCCAACUUAUGAACUCUGCAAAAGGGAACACAAAGAAUGCACCCCUAUCCGUUACAUGCAAGAAGAUAAAACAAAGGGCUUAGGCUGCCGUUUUGCCUGUGCAAGACAACGAGGUCUGUGUCUUCUUAACUUACAGUUAGUUAUCUAACUCAUGAAAUGUGUCGAAAUUUACAAAUGAUUGCCAAUCACCCGCAAACCGACACCAUUUCAUAAAUCUGAUUUUUAUGUUAAGUAAGUACAAGUUUUAAAUAAUCAAAAACAUAAAAUAAAUAUUAAAGGCAGUGCUGCGUUGUUUAGAAAUUCCGAUUUAUUUUGAAAAGCGCAAUAUCUGAAAACGUCAGAAAUGGCUCUAAUUAAGUAAAGUUCAGUUUCGGAUGUAUAGAAUGUAUUCUUUUACCAAAAACGUGGUAAAUAUAAAAGUGGACAUACAAUAACGUCUAAUAACAGCGUUUUUUGUUAAAGUUUGCAUCUAAAUAUCGUUUAAUAAGCAGUGUGAUUUCAUAUAUGAUGAUUUGUCAACUGCCUCAUUCUGAGUGUAGAUUCCAAAACAGUUUUCCAGUUUUUUGUGUUAUCCUUGACUAUUUGGAGUUAAAUAAGAUGGUGUUUAACAAGAAAAACUGAAUUUUGCUUCACCUCGCCGAUGGGGACGUCGUAGGAUCAAAAUAUUUCAUAAAGCGACAUGCCAUGAGGCCGGUCGGAGACUAAUACAUUUAAAUAUAACUGACGGGUGUGAGGGUAAACAUACCAUGUUGUGGUCAUAAGAAGAACUUUUAUUCCGUUAAAUUAUCUUAUACUUUUCUUUCGUUUUGGAUUACGUUGCGUUUCAGAGCGGCCUCGAAAUAUUGCUGAAUAGUUCCUGAUUUUCAGUGUUUUCGUCCGAUCGCCUAUGAAGACAGAUUCCGAAGUAACUGCAUUUAAAGAACUUUAAAAUGUGGUUGUUCUUGAAGGCAGUUACCGAAUUAUUGAAUGCUCGGGCGCUCCUUUUCACGAAGAUGGUCGUUUGGGUCACAUGCAAAGACUCAUCUAAACAUUCGACUUCAUUUUCAAGAAAAAUGACAGUCAAAGCGAAAGUUAACAAUUAAUAUGGCGUCAAUCAAUAGGAAACCUUCCUUAAUAAAUUACCUCUUUAAAAAGUGUUUUAUUACUGAACGCCGUUGACGGAUCUCUGGGUACUUUGCAUUUCUGCACGGUGAUGCCAGGUAAAAUUUUGAAACUUUUGGCCGUUUCUUUCAUGUUCAUAAAUAAUGCAAAUAGUUUUCUAACGUAAAGGCAAAAGCAUGCUUUGCUGUAUACAUUUAAGUCAUUUCCAUCGUUUUGCUCGCUUUUAAGCUCCAUUAUUCGAUUAUGAAUGCACGGCAGAGCGCCCAUAUAAAUAUUGAUAUUUUGAUGAAACUAUUGUUUUGCACGUUCUGUUUCUGAAUAUAAUAUGCACAGAAGCAAAAAUACACGACAAGUAGUGUGUCAUAUGUUUAAAGCUGGAAAUGACCAUUCCGUGGUGGUCAUCUGUGUGAUAUCAGAUUGAAUUCUCCAAACGGCAAAACAUUGCAGCCCACACAAUCGAAGGAAUCCAUAUCUGCGUUAUUACUGCACUUUAUGGCACAGAUCUGAUAAAUUUACAUUUCUAAAUUGACAAAAGCUCGGGUUUUCUUAAAAUAACCUUUUUGUUAGCAGGUUGAUCACCAUGGUUAACAUCGGACAUAAAAUAAGUUUUCAAGUUCGGGUAAAUCUGUUUAUUAAAACUGUCGCGGGUAAGUUACUAUCCUUUUAAUGAAAAAGUGGCACGGAUGCGGAACUGGAGUCUAGGUCAUGUAGUAGCAUAGGAAUUUGCACGAAUAUAUUCCAACGUCUAUUUUCGCCAAAGUUUACUGAUAUUUUACUUGAUGUAAUUACGUAAACGUAAUUUCUGAACCAGAAAAGGACAUUUUAUUGAAGGAUGUUGAUGAGCGAACACAAUGCGCAGCGUUAAAGUUGUCCAGGAAUUCUCUCAUCAGUUUCCGUUAUCAGAUUUCAUGAGAUAGGUCCCGUACUGUAUGUUCUUCCACUGUUCGUCGCUACCGUUUGUUACGUUUUCCUAGUGUUACAUAUUCGUAUGCGAAAUUGAACUAAGUGUAAAUAUCGAAUGACUGAUUUUCUUCCAGAAAACCUAACCGAGAAUUCGACAGCGUACUUUUGUGAGAAACCUGAAAAACCCUGCACGCCAUACAAUGUAUCUGGAAGGAAAGCCUACAGCGAGAACUUCGAAAGACACGUGAUGUGUGUUCAGGUUUGUCACUUUGUUGAAAAGGGUAAGCAGCCACAUCGUACAUUCAAGAAUUCUUAUUAUUUACUCGCUUUACCCGCCAAAUUGAAACACAAGUGUGCCAGAGUAUGCCAUAACUCAUUUGAAUUCUUAAUUUACAGAUAACUAAAUUACUACAUAACAAUUUGUCGUUCACUUUUAGCUGAACGUAGCUCCGCGAGUUCGUUUUCAUUGUCUUCAGACACAAAGGAUCCACCCAUUGCGAUACGGAGAAUAAACGGAAGCUUUGAUGCCUUCAACAAAUGUGCUUUCAAGUGUGAUGGAUGGACAAAGCGUAAGAGUUUAUGAUUUUUGUACGAGAUAGUUUAGUUUACCAAUGUUAUUGUUUUGUGUCGUUACUCUGUUGGAUGCAUAACUUCUUUUUGGUUAAAGCGGAGAACAUCCAUGAAAAUAUCGCCUUCUUCAGUAUCCCGAAAGUCGCGUCCGCGGAAGGCAAAUAUUUCUCGAACCCAAAAGGAGGAAAUGCGUUCGCCGGCCUUAAGAACUGUCUCCGAACGUGCAUGUUAGGUGCUGAACAAAUUUCGUUAAGGGCACCGCGACGCGCACGUAGGGCUGGUUCCCUUGGACCGCCUUUGCAGUUGAAUUUGCGUAUGUUUUAUGCAAUGUGUGUGAUGAAAUCAAAAUGUUCCGAAAGGGAAGGAUGUCUGAAUUUGUAGCCCGGUUUCUGUCAAAAUUCUGGCACGAUCUUAUACUUGAUCAUUAGCGUAUGAAAAUUCUCCGAAAUGCUUGGAAGAGUUACACCCUUCUACACGAUGGGAUACAAUUAGGAAUAUGGAAUUCUUUGGGAAAAGUAAACAUUAUUGUGUACAUUUUCGAGACUGGUUCCUCGGCUCGUCUUCAGACAACGGGCGUGUAAAAACAAUUAACUUCUAGACGGAGUCUGACGAAGGAUUCUAUGAUUGAUUAAAGUCAUCUUCUUGGGAGUGGUUGGGUCAGUUUGAAUCUGUCCUUAGCGAUUUUUUAUGUGGCAUCUAGAUCGAUAUGCCGUUCUCUGUUUCCCAAAGAUUUCCAUAUUCCUCAUUAUCUCUUUUGGGAUGCCUGUUUUUUCAUUUAUAUGUAUGAUGGGAUAUGUAUAUUUUAGACUGCUUAUUUAUUUUUUUAGCGUUGUGUAAACGACGCAGAGCAUUCGUUGCCUCCUGAACAUUGAUCAUAGUCGAAUUUUAAAUAAAAACAUUCAAAUUCUUGAAAUGCAUUUUUAUUGCAUCGACCUUUAUUGCAAAUUCAAACCGUAGAUAUUAAAAAAAGACAUUACACUUUAACGCAAAAUGUUUUUAUCGUUUUAGCUCAAGCGCUUGUUUUAAAACCCUAA